AGGCUGUUGGGUUGUAGUUGCGCAGGACCCGAAAGCCUUCUCGUCUAUGAAUACCUGCCCAACAGGAGUCUUGACCGCUUCAUCUUCGAUCAAGAAAGUGGUAAAACACUAAACUGGGACAAGAGAUAUGAGAUCAUUGUUGGGACAGCAGAAGGCUUAGUCCACCUUCACGACAACUCGAAAACAAGGAUCAUUCACAGAGACAUAAAAGCCAGCAACAUCCUUUUGGAUUCAAGGCUACGAGCUAAGAUUGCAGAUUUCGGGUUGGCUAGGUCUUUCGAGGAAGAUAAGAGCCACAUCAGCACAGCCAUUGCAGGAACAUUGGGAUACAUGGCUCCAGAGUACCUAGCCCAUGGCCAGCUGACAGAGAAGGUAGAUGUCUACAGUUUUGGAGUGCUUAUAUUGGAGAUAGUCACUGGAAGGCAGAACAACAGGAGCAAAUCUGCAGAGUACUCAGACAGCAUAGUCACAAUUACUUGGAAGCACUUUCAAGCAGGGGCUACAGAGGAACUAUACGACUCAAAUUUAAUGCUGCAGAAUUGCAAUGACGAUGUUAAGGAUGAGAUACUGAGAGUGGUGCAAAUAGGACUUCUAUGCACCCAAGAGAGUCCCUCUUUACGACCCAAAAUGUCAAAGGCACUGCAGAUGCUAACAAAGAAGGAGCAGCCCCUUCCUUGGCAUUCGAGGAUUUGUAGAUAUACCAAGAAUGGUUGA